AUGUUUUUGUCUCAUGUUCUGGAAGUAGUGUAUAAUGAUGUUGGAAAUGGUUAUGUAACAAUUGAAGAACCAAUUGUCCCUGAUACCUGGCUUCCAGUCCCAGUACUUCAAAAUGAUCCAGCUCUUUGGCCCAAAAAUUUGUCAUCUGAACUUAUUCAUCAUUUUUCAUUACAAGUUCCAUGUCAACCAUUGCCAUCUGAAUUGAAAGAUAAUACUUUUCCUAGCUCUACUAUAAAUUCAAAAGGACAUGUCAGAUCGUUUCAUGAAUCUUAUUAUUAUAAAAAACUUGCUGAUGGGAAAUUUGUUAAUCGAACUUGGAUAUCAUAUUCAAUAUCACUGGAUAGAUAUUAUUGCUAUACUUGUAAACUUUUUGGUUUACCAAGAGCAAAACAAAAUUUUUUAGCAAUAAAUGGGUCUAAUGACUAUAAAAAUAUUAGUAGAAAUAUAACACAGCACGAAGUGUCACCAGAUCACAUACAAAAAUCUAAAAACCGACAAGUUGCUGAAAACCGUGAAAUUUUAAAAUCAGUUAUAGAAGCUCUGCUUUUUACGGCAAGACAAAAAAUUGCUCUUAGAGGUCAUAAUGAAAAGAUUGAUUCAACUAAUCGAGGUAAUUUUUUAGAGUUGAUCAAGUUAUUGUCGAAAUACCAUGCACCUCUUAAAUCACAUUUGGAUCAGAUUAGUUCAAAAGGAGCUCAUAAUCGUGUAACUUUUUUAUCUAACAUUUCUCAAAAUGUGUUGUUAAAUAUAAUGUCUGAUAUGGUUCGUUCAAAGAUAUUACAAGAUGUAAAAAUAUCUGGACAAUUCUCUAUUAUAAUAGACACUACAACUGACAUUUCAAAUGUAGAACAGUAUACAUUUAUAAUUAGAUUUGUUGACAAGCAAGGUAAAGUGCAAGAAAGACUUAUAGCUUUAGCUGCUGCGCCUGAUGCAACCGGAUUAGGUAUGUUUAAUGUAUUUUGCAAUAUAACAGAUAAAUACCAAAUAAACUGGAAAAAAGAGCUUAUAGGUCAGGCAUACGAUGGAGCUAACUCCAUGCAAGAUCAAUAUUCAGGAUUAAGAACAAGGAUUCAAAAUGAAAACCCCCGAGCUCUCUAUAUUUGGUGUUCGGCUCAUUUAUUGAAUUUGGUCGUGGUAGACACUUGUGACUGUUGUACUGAUACCAAAUUAUUUUUUGGUGAAAUAGCAAAUAUAGUAGAAUUCUUACGUGCAAAAAAGCGUACUGCUGUAUUUUUAAAAUAUCAAGAACUAAAAUAUCCUAAUCGACGAAAACGUCGCCUUAAAAGAUUUUCAAACACACGAUGGACUUCUCAUGAUAGAGUUUUAUUAGUGAUCUAUGAAAAGUUUAAUGCUUUAGUAGCUUCACUAGAUGAAAUUUCUUCUGGGAAAGAUUUUGACAGGGAUUCAAUUAUAACUACAGAAGUGUCAAACUAUUUACAAUCUAUAUCGAUUGAUUUUAUUGCUGCAUUAAAGCUAGUUGAUGUAGCAAAACACCGUCUUCAAGAAAUGAGAUCUGAAAUAGGUUGUACAAAUGUUAUUAAUGAUGCAAAGAAAUUUGCUAUUGAAUAG